ACUAUGUACAAUAUCAUUAUAUCCACCACCUCGACGCAUUCUCAUCUUUCUGAUGGCUCGUGCGUUCCCAAACCUUCAAAGUUAACACAUGCACACCAAAACGUACCAAAACGUACCAAAACGUUACCAAAAGCAAUAAGCUCCUCUGUCAAACCUGUUCCCUUUCCAGGCCGUAUCGUCUCAUACCAUUUCCAUAUGUGCGCGGUUCGGCAGUUGGACAACACGCAAUCAUUUCCCUCUUAAAUUUAUUCACUCUUUCUAAUGUUGCCUAACGUUAUACUAUGAUAUUUAUGUUUCUAGGAAUUGAGCCUGGUUAUUCUUAAUUAUCCUAAACACUCCACAGCAUCGAGAUUCGAGAGCACUGAUUGGCAUUUCCUAAAGGCGGUACUGCGCCAUCCACUCGCAACGCCAUCCACCCGCAACCCGUCGCUAUGCCUCCGCCGGCAGUUCCAGAGAUUUCGGAAGAGGUUCUACACGAAUCAAUCGAUGCCCGUACCGAGACCUUGGUGUCAUUGCGAGAGCUUGGCCCUCCUGAUCUAGUCCACCUCCUGAAACAAAACCUCAGAAACACUGUAAAACAGACAGGAGUAUAUCACCAUGUUACCGGUGUCGAUGCAUCCUCCUCGGCCAGUCUCGCUGCUUAUAUAAAUACUCUCACUUACAAGGAACAUGGCCAAGUCGCCACACACAAGAUAGUCGAAGGUCUAUACUGCUGCUACAAUGCAUUCUCCAGGCUUGAUAUGCGUGUCCAUGUCACCAUUCCGGGAACGGUUGAGGCCUACUGUGUUGACGAGAGGGGAGAGAAACGAAAGGCGACAGAUGAAUUAUGGCUGGAAACAUAUCUCUGUAGCGUUUUGCGUGCCUAUUCGUACGCCGACGAUGGGAGCGGCGAUACUAUUAGAAAGAUUAUGGGUGUGAGGCGAUUUAAUCCCGUCACCAACACCGAGACCGAGCACCGAUUCUUAAGCGCUGCCGAGAGUCUCUUUUUCAGAGGUUGGCAACUAGGUUCCGAUUCUGUAGUACAAGUUCCGAACAACGUAUCCAACCACCUCACCACCGGCCUUCUCAAAUAUUUUCAUACGACCGGACGCUUUGCUUCUGCCAUUAACCUCUUCGAGAAGUUGAGGUCUCAGAAUGUCGAGGUAUCAUCACUACUCGCCAAGGUCCUCUUUAUGGGUAACGAGGAAGUACAGGGUGUGCGCGUGCUAUACCAAGCGCUCAAAGACUCACCCAUGGACUAUGUCAUGUUAGAUACCCAGGCGGAAUUUCUCCUCAAGAAGGCAUUGGCAGCCGAAACUCCGGCGCAAAAGGAGGAAAGGCUGAAGAUGGCUCUGGGUUGUGCGGAUCGCAGUACGAUCGCUGCACCUAGCGAAUUCGGUACUUGGGCGAGGUUGGCACAAGUUUACGUCGCAAUGGAAGAUUGGGAGAAUGCGCUCACAAUCCUGAACUCGUGUCCGAUGUUCACCUAUCAGGAUAAGGAUGCGCCGGUAAUGCCAGAGCCUAAGGAUGUUUACCUUCCUACAUUACCCGAGACGCGCUUAGACGAAAUCGACAGCGAACCUGAAUCUAGAUACUCGGAGCAGGUAGAUCCAAGCCUCCUCAACCUCCGCGCAGCAUCCUAUCGCGGUACCUUCAAGCUAGCUUACAGUAUUCUCACCGAGAUGACGGCAAAAAUUGGUUGGGACCAGCUGCUAAAAAUACGAAGCAACGUUUUUGUUAUGGAGGAUGAGUACCGGACAGAGAAGCAGGAUACAGUCUCUCAGGCGCAGUCGACAAAACGCAACCCGAGCAUCGACGGGCUGCGAGGAAGUCCAGAACCUGCGACCAACGGCGAUCAAACCGACGAGGAGGCUGACGACGAAAAGAGCGCAGCCGAUACCGACUCUAGCGCGCAGAAGCUAACCAACGGCCACGACGAAGGGGACGACGUAGAGAAGCCAACUCACACCAUUGAUCCUGGCGAGGUCAAGGCCGACGGAGAUAACAAUGGCACCACCGACGAGCAUCUCUCGCGCUUAAAUAAUAAGCGGCUAUGCGAAAGAUGGCUCGAUAGCCUCUUUAUGGUACUCUACGAAGAUCUCCGUGUCUACACGAUAUGGAGAACGCAGAUGGCCCAAUACAGGGCUCAAUCUAUGCAGUACAAGAAAUCGGCCGAAGAGUGGGAAAUUCUUGGUGCCUUAGCGGAGCGCCUCCAGCACCACGACGAAGCAGUCGAGGCAUACAGGGCUUGUCUCGCAGCGCGGUUCAGUCCGAAGGCGUUAUCGGGUAUCCUACGAGCGUUCGAGAAGCAGAAGAUGACGAGAGAUACGAUAGCUGCCGUUAUCCGUCUUGUAACUUGGCAGUACCGUUGGUACUCUGAGUUUUCUCCCGAGCUUCUCCAUACGAUAAGGGUGUUAAUCGAAGAAGAGGGUGCUGUCAAGGUGCGGUCGAUCAUUCAGGCGACAAGCCUACCGCAAAACGUGCUGGAUUUGACACAUCACUAUGCCGCAUUAUGUGCCACGUUUAGAAGCAGUGGUACAGACGGCUAAUGAAAUAUUGGGAUGAGGAUUAAAAUACUGGGGGAUGAAGCAAUGCCCCUACAUGAUAUCCAUCUAUUCGUACUUCAUCAGUGUAAGACGUAGACAAAAUUAAUAUAUGACGCCAAACUUGACCAUCAGGCGCCAAAUCACCAUGUCUUUUUUAGCUGAGGUCUUCCUCUUCAUAGGACCCUUUUCUGAACCCUGCUUCUUGACAUGGAACUUGGUCCCAUGAUAUAAGGGGCUGUUAAUUGUAUACCUCCUAUAUGUGC